AUGUCCAUUCUGUACGUCUCUCCUCACCCCGAUGCCUUCCCCAGCCUCCGAGCCCUCGUAGCUGCUCGCUACGGGGAAGCUGGGGAGGGCCCGGGAUGGGGAGGAGCCCACCCCCGCAUCUGCCUCCAGCCGCCCCCCGCCAGCCGGACUCCUUUUCCUCCACCCCGUCUGCCAGCCCUGGAACAGGGUCCCGGUGGGCUCUGGGUGUGGGGAGCCACGGCUGUGUCCCAGCUGCUGUGGCCAGCAGGCCUGGGGGGUCCCGGGGGUAGUCGGGCAGCCGUCCUGGUCCAACAGUGGGUCAGUUACGCUGACACCGAGCUAAUACCAGCUGCCUGUGGGGCUACGCUGCCGGCCUUGGGACUCCGAAGCUCGGCCCAAGACCCCCAGGCUGCACUGGCGGCCCUGGGCAGAGCCCUGAGCCCCUUGGAAGAAUGGCUUCGACUGCACACCUACCUAGCUGGGGAGGCCCCAACUCUGGCUGACCUGGCAGCUGUCACGGCUUUGCUGCUGCCUUUCCGUUAUGUCCUGGACCCCUCUGCCCGCCGGAUCUGGGGUAAUGUGACUCGCUGGUUUAUCACAUGUGUUCAGCAGCCAGAAUUCCGGGCCGUACUGGGAGAGGUGGUUCUGUAUUCAGGGGCCAGGUCUCUCUCCCAACAGUCAGGCUCUGAGGUCCCUGCACCCCCAAAGACAGCUGCUCAACUCAAGAAAGAGGCAAAGAAACGGGAGAAACUAGAGAAAUUCCAGCAGAAGCAGAAGGUCCAACAGCAGCAGCCACCCCCUGGGGAGAAGAAACCAAAACCAGAGAAGCGGGAGAAACGGGAUCCUGGGGUCAUUACCUACGAUCUCCCGACCCCACCUGGGGAAAAGAAAGAUGUCAGUGGCACCAUGCCUGACUCCUACAGCCCUCAGUACGUCGAGGCUGCCUGGUACCCUUGGUGGGAGCAGCAGGGCUUCUUCAGGCCUGAGUAUGGGCGUUCCAGCGUGUCAGCACCAAACCCCCGGGGCAUCUUCAUGAUGUGCAUCCCACCCCCCAACGUGACAGGCUCCCUGCACCUGGGCCAUGCGCUCACCAACGCCAUCCAGGACUCCCUGACCCGCUGGCACCGUAUGCGUGGAGAGACCACCCUGUGGAAUCCUGGUUGUGACCACGCGGGCAUUGCCACCCAGGUGGUGGUGGAGAAGAAACUCUGGCGCGAGCAGGGGCUGAGUCGGCACCAACUGGGGCGAGAGGCUUUCCUGCAGGAGGUCUGGAAGUGGAAGGAGGAGAAAGGUGACCGGAUUUACCACCAGCUGAAGAAGCUUGGCAGCUCCUUGGACUGGAAUCGAGCCUGUUUCACCAUGGAUCCUAAACUGUCAGCAGCUGUUACGGAGGCCUUUGUACGGCUCCACGAGGAGGGAGUCAUUUACCGCAGCACCCGCCUUGUCAACUGGUCCUGCACCCUCAACUCUGCCAUCUCUGACAUCGAGGUGGAUAAGAAGGAGCUGACAGGUCGUACCCUGCUCUCCGUACCUGGCUACAAAGAGAAGGUGGAGUUUGGGGUCCUCGUCUCCUUUGCUUACAAGGUCCAAGGCUCAGACAGCGACGAGGAGGUGGUAGUGGCAACAACUCGGAUCGAGACGAUGCUGGGAGAUGUGGCCGUAGCCGUGCACCCCAAAGAUCCCAGAUACCAGCACCUGAAGGGGAAGAGCGUGAUCCACCCAUUUGUGUCUCGGAGCCUCCCUAUCGUCUUUGAUGACUUUGUGGACAUGGAGUUCGGCACAGGCGCGGUGAAGAUCACCCCCGCCCACGACCAGAAUGACUAUGAGGUUGGGCAGCGGCACGGGCUGGAGGCUGUCAGCAUCAUGGAUGCCCGCGGGGCCCUCGUCAACGUGCCUCCACCUUUCCUGGGCCUGCCCAGGUUUGAGGCCAGAAAGGCGGUGCUGGAAGCGCUCAAGGAGCAGGGACUGUUCCGCGGCAUUGAGGACAACCCCAUGGUGGUGCCACUUUGCAACCGCUCCAAGGACGUGGUGGAGCCUCUGCUGCGGCCGCAAUGGUAUGUGCGCUGUGGGGAGAUGGCUCAGGCCGCCAGCGCUGCUGUGACACGGGGUGACCUCCGCAUCCUGCCAGAGGCCCAUCAGCGCACAUGGCACGCCUGGAUGGACAACAUCCGGGACUGGUGUAUCUCCCGGCAGCUGUGGUGGGGCCAUCGCAUCCCAGCCUACUUCAUCACUGUCAAUGACCCCGCCGUGCCCCCAGGGGAGGACCCUGACGGGCGGUACUGGGUGAGCGGGCGCACUGAGGCCGAGGCUCGGGAGAAGGCAGCCAAGGAGUUCGGCGUGUCCCCUGACAAGAUCAGUCUCCAGCAAGGCAAGGCAGGGCCUUGGGGUGGGGGGCAGUGGGGGCCGAUCCUCACCUCUACCCCUCUGACCUCUGAUCUCUGGCCCCCCUCAGAUGAAGAUGUACUGGACACCUGGUUCUCCUCUGGCCUCUUCCCCUUCUCCAUCCUAGGCUGGCCCAACCAGUCAGAAGAUCUGAGUGUGUUCUACCCGGGGACGCUGCUGGAGACAGGCCAUGACAUCCUCUUCUUCUGGGUGGCCAGGAUGGUCAUGCUCGGCCUCAAGCUCACUGGCAAGCUGCCCUUCAAAGAGGUCUACCUCCAUGCCAUCGUGCGGGACGCCCACGGCCGGAAGAUGAGCAAGUCUCUAGGCAAUGUCAUUGACCCCCUCGACGUUAUCCAUGGGGUCUCCCUGCAGGGCCUCCACGACCAGCUACUGAACAGCAACCUGGAUCCCAGCGAGGUGGAGAAGGCGAAAGAGGGGCAGAAGGCAGAUUUCCCAACAGGGAUCCCCGAGUGUGGCACUGAUGCACUCCGGUUUGGACUAUGCGCCUACACGUCCCAGGGCCGUGACAUCAACCUGGAUGUGAACCGGAUAUUGGGGUACCGCCAUUUCUGCAACAAGCUCUGGAAUGCCACCAAGUUUGCCCUCCGUGGCCUUGGGAAGGGUUUCGUGCCCUCACCCACGUCUGAGCCCGGAGGCCACGAGAGCCUGGUGGACCGCUGGAUCCGCAGCCGGCUGACUGAAGCUGUGAGGCUCAGCAACCAAGGUUUCCAAGCCUACGACUUCCCAGCUGUCACCACUGCCCAGUACAGCUUCUGGCUCUACGAGCUCUGCGAUGUCUACCUGGAGUGCCUGAAGCCUGUGCUGAAUGGGGUGGACCAGGCGGCAGCCGAGUGCGCCCGCCAGACCCUCUACACCUGCCUGGACGUGGGCCUGCGGCUGCUCUCACCCUUCAUGCCCUUCGUGACCGAGGAGCUGUUCCAGCGGCUGCCCCGGCGGACGCCACAAGCUCCCCCUAGCCUCUGUGUCACCACCUACCCGGAGCCCUCGGAGUGCUCCUGGAAGGACCCUGAGGCAGAAGCUGCCUUUGAGUUGGCCCUGAGCAUCACUCGAGCUGUGCGCUCCCUGCGUGCCGACUACAAUCUCACCCGGAUCCGGCCCGACUGUUUCCUGGAAGUGGCUGACGAGACCACAGGUGCUCUGGCAUCGGCGGUGUCGGGCUAUGUGCAGACGCUGGCCAGCGCGGGGAUCGUGGCUGUCCUGGCGCUGGGGGCUUCUGCACCCCAGGGCUGCGCUGUGGCCCUGGCCUCUGACCGCUGCUCCGUCCACCUGCAGCUGCAGGGGCUAGUAGACCCAGCCCGGGAGCUGGGCAAACUGCAGGCCAAGCGUGACGAGGCGCAGCGGCAGGCCCAGCGUCUGCGGGAGCGCCGCGCCACCUCAGGCUACACUGUCAAGGUGCCCCUCAAAGUCCAGGAGGCAGAUGAAACCAAGCUCCAGCAGACAGAAGCAGAGCUCAGGAAGGUUGAUGAAGCCAUCGCCCUAUUUCAGAAGAUGCUGUGA